CUUAUCGAUGUAGUGAGAGAAACGUGUGAGUUACAAAGUCAAGUUUACAUUCAGUGUACGAAAACUGAUGCGUUUAACAGUGCGCAUGUACUAAGGAGACAUUGUUUUACCGGAGCAGACAAGUUUGUUCACUCUAGCGGAAGGAACAACAAACCGUUCACAAGUAGAUGUGACAUUUGGAUCCUGAUGCGAAGAGUAAUGACAUGCAAGGAGAGAGAGAGAACCCGUCUGAAAUGAUUUGAUGCAGAAGCUGGGGAAUCUUCAGCUAAACAGACCUAUUUCUUUUAGUUAAUGAGUGGAAAUUUAGCUAUUUCCUCCACUAACGCCACUAUGUUUGGCUAUGAUAACAUGUCGCCCACUACUCCUGACUAUCCCAAGUUUGACACUUGGGGUUUUUUGGAAACUACUCACCCUUUAGUAGACAGUCAGAAAAAUAGAAUUAGACCCCAAACUCCUGAUGUUCUCAGUGCAUUAAUCGAGAUGCCAAAUCCUCCAGAAGCACCAACCUCAUACGUUCUGAAUUCGCCCCCGCAGUCCCUUCUGAGUCCAAGCUCUCCAUCCACUAGCUCGUGCAGUAUCCCAUCCCCAACUGUUAGUCGGCCGCCCAGUGUCCAGGCCACCAUGUCCUUACUUGUUAAGGAAGGGUUGAAGAUGACCAUACAGACGAAGAGAAAGAUUCAGGGCAAGGACCAGAUUGUAUUAGAACAUCGAGAACCUUCUCAAGACCAGCUUACUCUAGAGGACAAAAUGCGGAGGAUGAAGCGAAGAGAGAGAAAUAAAGUAGCAGCCGCCAAAUGCAGGAAAAUUAAGAAGGAAAGGACAUAUAAAUUAGCUAUCGAGUCGGAACACCUAGAAGCCGAUAACUUUGCAUUAAGAACGGAAAUCCAGAGUUUGAAACUGGAAAGACAAAAACUAUUGGCAUUACUCACAAACCACCUGCCCCGUUGCUGUCUACCUUUACAACAGAACUCAUGUGCGCAGUCGCACACAACUCACCCUUGGCCUAUUGUAUAAGCAUCUACAUGAUCCAAAGCUAAAGAGGUCUCACCUGAAAGUUGUUAAGAAGCGAAUUGAUUGUUGUAUUUUUAUUUUAAUUUGAUAAUAUACGGGAAUGGUAUGAAGUAACAUUAAAGGUAUUAAAUUUACGCUGGUGUUGGAAAAAGUACUGUACUCUUCAAUUAGGGUGCAAUACUUUUGGUGCAAUAUGUCUUUUUAUCGUUAUUGUUGUUUCUGUAUAAUGAAAAAUGUUGUUUUCUCUGAGGGACGGACAAUGAUACUUUUUCUAAAAAAAAUGUCAGACUGAAAACUAAUUACAAACCACAAAAUAUGACAAUCGCAUCUUUUAGUUUCUUUGUUUGAAGUUAAGCACAAAGCAACGCAAUGGACUCACCGUGCUCUGCCCACCACGGGUAUCGAAACCCGGUUUCUAGCGUCGUAAGCUGGGGGACGCAUUUUUUCAGAACAACAACGUGAUCUGUAUGAAUUUAGUGGAGACUUAUUGUUGAGUUUCGAUUUUUGAUGGAGAACUUAAAGCGGUUGGUAAUGAAAACUUACCCGAUUGAAAGAAUUGAAGCUGGGAGAUGCGUGAGUGAAAGCAAAUUAAAAUAAAGCUGGUGAAGAGAGAUAAAAAUAUUUUUAUGAGAGAAGUGAAGAGCAUUCGGUACUAUUAUUUAAAAAAAAAGUGUUUUUCGAUAUGUGUUAAUGAUGUUAUUCAUUAGAUGAUAAGCUUUAUCCGGGAAAAAUCACAAAUCUGCUUUCUACAUAUAUACGAUUUUUUCUUAUUAUUAUAAAACAACUGAUUUAACCCGAAAUAGAAUCCGUUAUUUUAAAAUUAUUAAUUUAAUCUUAAGAUGUAACUCUAACUAGAAAGAGCUUUGCAUUUCAUUUUGAUUUUUAUCUCGAUUGGAAGUAUGGGUCUGACUUGAAAAUGGAAUUACCUAUUUUUUUAAAGAAAAUAUUUCGUUUGAAACUUGUGUCUUUGUUUUAAGGUUUAGAUUUAAUUUGAAAUAAGAGUUUGUCGAUAGUUUGGUGGGAGUAUUAAUUUCAAGAAAAACAUGCCGAAUAGGACAAUUUAACUAAGGAAAUAUUCAUGAUGAGUGAAACAGUUUAGUUUUUAAAAAAAUGUUAAAUUCAUAUUCGCAUGACAUUAGUUUUGGGAAAAUAUCUAUCAAUACAAUUUAGUUUCCGAAAUAUGUUGUUUUACUGUGGUGACCAAAAUCAGAAGUACUUAAAAAGUAAUGGUUUUAAUAUGUCUAUGAGAAGUUUACAUUUAGUGGUGAAGAUUGUAAAAAAAAAACAGGAAAAGAAAAAUUCAGAAAUAAUAAUUCCUGCCUCAGAAAACGCUAAAGUUCAAGACUACGUAGAAAAGUUAGAUCUGAGUUCAAAUUUGUAGCAGGAGUACAUUUAUAUUGAAGACUUUUUAAAAGGAUAAGACUGAGACCUCAAGAAACUGACUGAAAAUAAAAGAAAAUUAUAAAAUCAUUCAUGUUUGAAUCUGCUUGUAAGGUUUCAUUUUAUUGAUAUCGUUUGUAACAUUCAAAGUCUAUGCUUUAUAUUUAUAAACGUAGUGCUUAUUUUCUUGUCAAAAACAUGAGGAGGUAAACGUUUAUCACCGACCUGCUUCUUUCAUGUUGAAUAAAAAAAUUAUGUUUCUUAGUAAUGUUAUAAUUUAUUAUUUCGUGUUUUUGUUUUAAAGUUAAGCAGGAUAUCUUGAAUGUUUUUGACUAAAUACGUGUGAAUGGUAAAACUUGUUUUGGAGUUACUUGUAUCUUCAUCUGGACUGCAUUCAUGAACGUCAUCUAUCUGUACUUCGGUAUAUUGGAGUAAAACUUCACGUACUAACGCAGGUAUUUAUCAAAACUUUUUCAAAAGAGCUUCAAAACAAGAGAACAAAACAUGUUAAAACCUUUCAGAUGAAGUAAUGUCAUGUUUGUCGCUAAUACUUGUACUAGCAUGUUGUGAGUGUCAACUAUACACAUAUAUUUCGGUUUAGGGCUGCUGAAACUGUGAUUUAAUGGUGUUGGAAGAUAUUAAAAUAACGUUUUAAAUUUGACCCUAUUUUUUGCAUAUUUGACUUGACUAUUUAUCAAGAUGAUAUUUGUUAUUAAAAUAAACCUGAAUAAUCAAAUUAUUAAUUAGAGAAACUUAUCAACUCAACUGUAAGUUUAUAGAACUGAAAAGACGUAUUAAUAUUAACUUAAUACGAUUUCAUGCCAUAACAAAAAUUCUGUUGAGCUGUAUUUACGUUGCCAAAAAUCUGUUGAACUGUAUUUAGGUUACCAAAAAUCUAUUGAACUCUAUUUACGUUACCAAAAAUCUAUUGAACUCUAUUUACGUUACCAAAAAUCUAUUGAACUCUAUUUACGUUACCAAAAAUCUAUUGAACUCUAUUUACGUUACCAAAAAUCUAUUGAACUCUAUUUACGUUACCAAGAAGAAUUAGUUGGUACGUUCUUCCUGAAGAUUUUUUUCACCUUUACAUUAUAACCAUAUACAGUCUCUCAGGGUUGAAAAUCUAGAAAACCAGCACAAGCCUCAGACAAAACUACAGUAUGUAAAUUAAAUUUCAAGGAGUAUGUAAGAUUAUCUGAACAUUUAGUUCCUCAAGACAGAUUUAUGUAUUAAAUCCUUCCAGAUUAUGAAAUUAUUAUAAGUUAACAAACUCCCACAAAGUCGAUUUUGAAUAUAAUUUUGUUUCGUUUUUACAAAAUCAAGACUGCAAGCAGUUGUUCACGAGUUGAAAACUGUUAGGUACAAUUGGUGACAAGCUACAACAGAAGCGACACUGGUGAUGUCGCUUUACGUUGUUUUAUCAUCAAAACGACAGAAGAAUAUUUAAGACGGUUCUGUGCUUUUAUCAUAAAUUAUUUCCUUUUUUUCUACGUACAGUAAGUUAAAUAAUCAUAUUAUUUUCAUUUUGGUUAUACAGUAUGUUUUAAAAUAUCCCUGUCAAAAUAAAAUUCGUCCUUCCUUCCACCAAUCCAAAAAAAAAAAUAUUGUGGAAAUUAAUUUUUCCAAAUCCUGUUUUAGGAUGAAUUGGAUUAGAUAGAAAAAAGGCUCAGUUCUAAAAUCUUCCAAUACUAGAUGUAUUAAAAACAAUUAAUAAUCUGUAUCCUAAUCACAAAGUCUUUAUUCAGCUCUAAAUUAUGUUUUAAAGAUUGAAAUAUAAGUUGUAGCAAACUUAAGAAUAAAAAAUGACAUUCUAUAUGUAAUAAUUUUAUUAAGUGUUCAGUAGCCAUGUCUGAAAAGCUAUUUUUGUUAUCUAGCCUUUUAGAAAUAUAUGUUAUAUAUAUAUUAUACAACAUUUACAUUCUGUGUUUGGAUUUCGCUUCCAAAAUGUAUUUGUUCUCAAAUUAUAUAUGUUAAGUUAAAUGUAGUUAUAAACCAUAAAAAUCUAGAUCAUAGACUGUAGUUAUUAUUGAAAUGUUGAAAAUACUUGUUACAUUACUCGAGUUUUAUUCGGUGUCAUUCUAACAGUAGUUUAAAUUUACUUUCUUGCUAAAUUUGGACUGUGUUUUUUUUUUAUCAGUUCUUCCUGUCUCAUGUUAACGAUCAAUUGAGUAUCUUUAAGAUGACAUGUUUACGAUGUCCUGUUAUUUAGAUACGUUAAGUGAGCAUUAAGUGGCUGUCAUGUGAUCUGGUUUUAAUUCCUAUGCUCGCUACCGAGUUAAACAGUAUUGUCAAAAUAAACAUAAAAAUAUAUUUUUUAAACAGAAACGGAAAUUUACAGUAAAACACAUGUUUAUAUAACCCUCCAUGGUUUCAUUGCAAGGUGGAAUAUCAAACUGGAUGAGAAUUUUUCACUAAAAACGUGAUGAUUCUUCAAAAAGUCAGUUUAGCAGCGAAACUUUAACUUCUCUAGUUUUCACUUUGUCGCUGACAUAAGUUUAAUUGAACAAGUCGUGCUUACAGAGAGCUAAGAGGGUAAUCACGUGAUGAGUUCUAAAAUAGGAUAAACGGAGUAAAUAAUGACCCACAACAGUGAAGCGGAUCCAAAGCAAAGAGUAAAAAAGAGAGACAUAACGGUGACUCAGAGCAGGGCUCAGAUUGCUUGCUUUACUUAGCUGAUUGCACUUGCCUUGCCAGCAGGAUUGCGUAUUGUUGUGAAAUUCACUGUGAUAAUUUAGACUUCAGACGACAGUCUUGGUUCCCAAAAAGCCCUCCCGAACUUGAGUCCAAUAUAGAAGACUAAAGGGAAAAAAAAUAACAACAUAAAUAUAAGUGUUGUAGGUGGUGCUGGAUUUAUGUACGUGUGGGCACGUGCGUGUUGGAUAUCUUUUACUGGGUGGCAAUUUCGUGACAUGUGUCUUGAUUUUUGUUUAUCAGUAUUAUUGCCUAUUCUGGUGCAAGUAAUGAUAAUUUUGUUCAUUGUGUAUUAUAAUAGAUAUAUAUAAAUAGUGUAUAAAGAUAUUUUGA